GCACGCGACCGAGAUUCGUAUGUAUCCGUUGACGUGUCUUGCAAGGCCAGAGUUUGUGUGCUUCCCAGAAGUUCAGUUCUUUGCUCUAUAAAUAUGCCUGAGCUAUGCCUUCAAACUUUCCAACGAGAGAAAGAGAAAAGCUAUAGCAAAUAGCCAGCUACAAGUUUUAAACUUCGCGAGUUAUAGAGUUUUUUGAGAUUUUGUGAAAUCUUUGACUGAAUUUUUGUUUCAGGAAUAUAUAGAAUGGAGAGUUUCAAUAGCAAGAUUGUGUGUGCUAGAGCCGAUGCCCCGCUGAAAUUCCUUAUCCCAGCUACCCAGCAACUUUGCGCAUCUGACCUGCAACAACCCAAGAAUCAGCAAAAUCCCACUUUUCACCAGUUUUCAGACACGCUUAUUAGGGGCUCAGAGCUGGUGAAAUCUUGUGAGAGCAUUAGCGCUUUAAAUGCAUUUCGUAGGUGCAGAUAUAUGCUUCACAGAUACUCAAGCUAGAAGAGGAGAUCAGUGGCUUCAUGAGUUCUAUCCCAGACUACAUGGUGUUAGAUGCUAGAAAUCUUAUGGCAGCCAUGAAAGAUAUAUAUAAGGAAUUGCAGCCACCAGAUAAAAGUAGUACGGUGAAUACCAUGAUUCAACAGCAAAUGAGUUUAGGUAACCUGAAUCAAAGUACUGAAUUCCAAGAGGCUUACAAAUGGUCUAAUCCUGGUAAUUUUCCUGUGAAAUCUCGGUUUUAUGCGGGAUUGGAGAAGCCUGUUGAAGAUUUGAAGGAGCUUUUAUUCCAAAGCGAGGUGUCGGUCGUUGGAGUGCAUUGUAUGGGGGGUGGUGGGAAAACGACUUUGGCCUCGGCUAUUUGUAAUGAUCCCCGUAUCAAAGGCUAUUUUGGAAAUGUACAUUUCAUUAUUGCCUCGACUAUCCAAAACUGAGGAGAGUUAGGUGGACGGCGGGUUAUUUUGAACAUGUACAUUUCAUCAGGUUAUUUUGGGAAUGUACAUUUCAUCACUGUUACACAAUUUCCAAAUCUGCAGGGAAUUAUAGAGACGAUGUGGGAGAAGAUCGUUGGAAGGAAGAAGCCUGAGUUUCAGAAUGUAGAAGAUGCACGCAUACAGCUAAAGCAGCAGCUUUUUACUCAAUCCAAGAGAACUCUGAUGAUAUUGGACGAUGUCUGGUCCAGGGCUCAUUUGGAGGAAUUACUAUUUGAAGCGCCAGGGUACAAGACUGUUGUCACAACCAGAGACAGCUCUACGAUUCCCCAAAACACCUGUACUCGACCGUAUCAGUUGCCAUUGUUGGGCCAUGAGGACGCUCUCUCGCUUUUCUGCUUCUCAGCUUUUGGACAGACAUCAAUUCCAAGUGCCGCAGAUGCAAAUCUAGUCAUGCAGGUGCAAGCUGAAUGUAAGGGCUUACCCCUAGCUUUAAAGGUGAUUGGGAGCUCUUUGAAUGGGGAACCUCAUGGGACCUGGUUGAACGCAAAGAACAAGCUUUCCCAGGGGCAGUCCAUAUCCAGUUAUCACAAAGAAGGGCUUUUUAGAUGCUUGGAGACCAGUAUUGAUUCCUUGGAUGAUGUUGGGAGGGAAUGCUUCUUAGAUUUAGCAUUAUUUCCAGAGAACAAAAAAGUCUGUGCUGAUGCACUGCUGAACAUUUGGGUUUAUAUUCGGAAGCUAAAGUGGCAAGAUGCCUUUAUCAUGUUAUUGGAACUUGCAAGCAAAAAUCUCUUGAAUUUAAUCAGCAGCCCAGGAAGACAAGCAACAAUCUCUUAUGAAAAUGCCUCUGAGCUGUACUUUUCUCAGCAUGAUGUAAUGAGAGAUUUGGCCAUAUAUUUGGGAAGCCAGGACAGUAUAGUCCAUAGGAAGAGAUUAUUCAUGCCCAAGAAGGAGCUGAGCUUGCCAGCAGAGUGGGAGAUGCUUAAAGAUAGAUCAUUUAAUGCUCAAGUUGUCUCUAUUCACACAGGCUCUAUGGCUGAAAAUCAGUGGUAUGAGAUGGAUUUUCCAGAGACAGAGGUUCUAGUGAUACAUUUUUCUGCAAGCGAAUACUUUCUACCACCGUUUCUUAAAACCAUGAAAAAACUGAAAUCUGUAAUGUUGUGUAAUUUGAGUUCAAAGAGGACCACACUAAAAGGUUUAGAUGUCCUAUCUUCACUCACUCAGCUCAGGAAUGUUCGCUUGGAGAAGUUGGAUGCGCCCUCUGUUUUAGAACAGAGCAAAGUUAUGCAAAAAUUAGAUAAACUAUCUGUUAGUUUAUGUGAAGGGUUUGGAAAUAUUUCCACAUUCAGCAACACCAACCUACAAGAAUUUAACCUGGACCACCUCAGCGAUUUGGAGGAAUGGCCACUUGACAUCUGUCGUAUGCCCUCUGCUCACAUAUGGUCUAUUACAAACUGCCAUCUGGUUGAAAAGUUACCAUAUGAUCUCGGAAAUCUGAGCUCUUUAAGAAUGUUACGAUUAUCAGCAUUACCAGGCCUGAAAGAGCUGCCGGCAUCAAUUGGAAAACUUGAGCAGCUGGAAUUUCUUGACAUUUCACUGUGCGAAGGCUUGAAAGAACUUCCAGAGGAAAUAGGUCAGCUCCAGAAUUUGGAAGAGUUUGACAUGAGAGAGUGCUCUCACUUGAGGAGGUUGCCUAGAAGUGUUUGUGGACUAAGCUCUCUGAAACAUGUCAUCUGUGAUGAGAAGAUUGGGCACCAGUGGCUGCGAGUUAAGGCCUCUUCUAUCCCUAAUCUUAGAGUUGAAAUUGUGGAACCGCAAUUUACUCUGGAUUGGCUUGAUGAUUGAAACUCCACAUCCUGUUAAGUAAUCACUGUGGUCUCUUUCUUAGUUCGUGCAGAUGGAGCAUACUGUCGAUUUCACUUCAGCUAAAUUGAAAGAAUUAGUAAUGUCUAUAUCAUCCAUCUUAUGUGUAAUAUAUGUGUCAAAGUUCAACUUUAUGAACAAUACUCCUGCAUAUGGAGCAAGUUGUAGGUUUCACUUGAGCUAAAUUGUAAGAGUUUCUAAUAUAUCAUUGUAUAUAUCAUCCAUGUAAAUUUGUAA